AGGGAAGACAGUGCGCGAACGCACGUACACGCACACGCACGCACGCGCACGCACGCACACGCGUUGGUCACGGACAGGAUCAGUACCGACAUCGUCAUCAUCAUCGUCAUCAGCAGCAGAAAUAACUGCAGAAGUAGCAUCUCUGCGCUCCCGUCUUUCUCUCUCUCUCGCUCUCGCUGCCUCGCGUGCGCAGGUAGGACAGACAGACAGACAGACAGACAGACAGACAGACAGACAGUGCCAUAGAACGAGAGCAGGCGUGCCAUAGAGAGAGAGCUAUGACGAUGCUGUGCAGGUGGUGGCUGCUCGGAUUUCUAGCCGUCAUCGUCGCAGCGACGGCUGUCGACUCCGACUACAUCGUCGACUGGGCGCUGUCGGGCGCUCGCAGCCAGCCGACAUGUGUCGACAUCCCUAGCAACGUGACGCUCUGUCAGGGCAUCGGCUACAGCAAGAUGCGUCUGCCUAACCUGCUGGAACACGACACGAUGCUGGAAGUGACGCAGCAAGCGAGAGCCUGGGUGCCUCUGCUGAGCAUCGCCUGCCACGCAGACGCGCAGCUCUUCCUCUGCUCGCUCUACGCUCCCGUCUGCCUCGACCGUCCCAUCUAUCCGUGCAGGUCUCUGUGCGAGGCGGUGCGGUCAGGCUGCGAGGCACGCAUGAGCACGUACGGGUACCCGUGGCCGGAGAUGUUCCAGUGCGACAAGUUUCCGAUCGACAACGACAUGUGCAUAGCCAAGCAGACCCGGUCCGGGGGAGAAGGUACGGUCGUUCCAGAGGUGAAAGGCAACCAGUGCGAUGCCUGCAACCAGGUUGUCACCUACGAAAACAUUCUGGACAACUAUUGCCGGGCAGGAUUCGCGGCAAAAGUAAAAAUCCGCAAGAUGGCGCGCAGAAAAGGCGCAGUCAAGGUCGUGAUGCGGAAGAAGAUGCGGAAGUUCAAGCGUGGCGCCCUCACCCGGCGCGACCUCAAGCGUCUUACAGUCUACAUGCAGGGCGCGAGCGGCUGCGAGUGCCCGAUGGUGGCGAACCUAACGGCGGCCAAGCGAACCAGCUACCUUCUGAUGGGACGGAAAGUCAACGACACGAUCGUCGGCAGUCUACUGCUGCCGUGGUCGAAAGAGGCGAGCGACUUCAAGCGAGCCGUGAGAAAGUUUAAGAACCUCGAUUGCUCAAAGGAGACGAAGUUCGUCGUCGAGAAGACGAUACGACCUGGCAAACAAAAUGGCGGCGGCCAUCGAGCGCACGUCGACAGGCCCGCAGAAGCAGGCUCCGAGACAGCUGAUGGGCCAGGGGAUAGACCCGGACGGCAGCGCCACCGCGGCACGGACAAGCUCAAGGCUCAAGACAAGGCCCAGCAGCGAAAGGAUCGAAAGAAGUCGGAGCGGAAGAACAGAAAGCGGAAUAAGGCGAACCGAGCGAAAAAGAACGACGAGUCGUUGACAACGAUGCCCGCUGGCGAUGGAUUCACGGCGGAGUAGAGAUACACAGAACACGUUUAUAACACGUCCCCCCUCCCUCCCGUCGAACCAUUAAUCAUUCUUGUUGCUUAUAGAGUGUCGUCACUCUGUAGCUAUGUUAGUUCGUGCUGCUAAGGCCUUACUGAUUAUGGUCUGUAAUAUAUUUAAAUAUGUUAGAGUAUAUAGUUAAAAUAUUAUGAUUCGGUUGAAAGAGAGACUCGCUCACGACCGCGACAGAUACGGUAUAAUCUACGUACCCUCCCCCCUUCCUCUUCUUGCUUUCCCUCCCGCCCUUCUCUUUCUCUCUCUCUCUCUCUCUCUCUCU